GGUCGCGAAUAUGUGAAAAUAUUGCGGCUCCUCUGUCUCCUGUACUCUCUCUCUCUCUCCUCUCUUCGAAGGCAUUUCUCUGCAACAACGGGCGCUCUGGGAGGAACCCGAUCUUCUAUAAUUCGAACACUGAACGGCAAACUGUUAGAUCCGAUAUCACGAAGUUUAAAUAAAUUGACGUUAUCCAGAAAAACACACUCAGAUUGAUCAUCAAGCUCAAGCAAUCCGGGAGGAUCAGAAUUUGGGGAAACAAUCUGAUCUGAUCUGAUCAGAAGAAACCAAACCCUAGACUAGGUAGGGUUUAUUAUCCAUGUCCUGUUUAGCCCUCGCUCUCCAGCCUGCCAAUGGGACCGACAUUCUUCUCCAGACCCGGGAGUGGUUCCCUCCCGCUCGAGCCCUUGUAGCCGUAUCGGCUUUCCGGGAAACCCGGCUGGCAUUCGCAUCUGGGAAGCAGCAGCUGGUUGAGGACGGUGACACGUCGCUUGGCGACGACCCGCUUGCCGCUUCGAGUGGACAGUUGAUUGUGGGCGUCGAGAGCAGGUAUCGUGUUGUGUAUAGAUUAGUCAAUUCUAUAUAUGUUUUGGGGAUCACCACGGUGGAUCAGGAUAAUACUGUGAACAAUGUGUUUGAGUGCAUCAGCAUGGUGAAUCAGGCUGUGAGUGUGGUUGUUACUGCCUGCCGGGGCGUUGAUGUCACGCCGGAAAAGCUGGCCAGGAAAUAUGCUGAGAUAUACAUGGCACUUGAUAUAGUUAUGAGGGGGGUGAGUAGCAUUAGGCUUGCGGCAAUGCUUGCCACCCUGCACGGUGACAGUAUUGCCAAGAUGGUGCAUUCAGCAAUUGACACCGAGAAUAAGAUCAGGGGGGCUGAUAAUUGGACUAACUUGGAAGUUCAUUCUAUUGAGCAUCAGGCUGGAAUGGAGGUAUUUUCAAAUGCCAGCUUUGAAUUACCUCCUGAGACAUUGGAGGCUGGUGAUGAGGUUGUAGCAACACUGGCUCCAACUGGGCAGAGUACCUUAAGUGAACUGGAUCAGCAACAGAAGCCAGAAGAGGACCAGGCUGAGAAAGAUCCAUUCGCAGCAAGUGAUGCUCUUAACAAGCCUGAGGAACUUGUGGGUGGGUUUAAGAAAGAUAAGGAUCAGUCAUCUUCUGAUUUGACAAAAGCAUUGGCAGGUCUUGAGGUUACCACAUUACCACCUCCUGCAGCUACACAAUCAACACACAUUGGUGUUGAGGGGUUUGAAGGGGACUAUGGUGGUAUAGAGUUCGGUCUUGAUGGUUCCACUCUGGCAGAAGAUUUUGAAGGGAUGAAUCAGGCUUGGGGUGGUGGGUUGGAUGCAUCAGAGUUUGUGGGCACAAAGAAAGUUGCAAAAUCUCAGGGGCUUGGUGGGCUUGAAUUGUUACAAACUGGGAGUGAUGCACCAACAACAGCUCCAGUUUCCGCUGCUGGAGCUGGCACCCCUCUGGAAAAUCUUUUGGUGAAGAAAACUGAAAUGAAAGGUCCUGAGAUGUACAUUUCGGAAGAGAUUAGUGCUGAGUUUUGGGAAUCAUUGCUUGCUAGAGUUGGCUUAAUGGCUGUGGUCUAUUUAAAAACACUGCCUCCUAAGUCUUCUGGUGAAAAAGAAACUGAAUUUUCUUUCAAGAUUGAGGGAACAAGUGGCAUCAAGAGAUUGGUCAUGCAAAAUUCUAUUGUAAGUAGUCUUGGCAAUGGGCUUUUUCAUGUCAGGACUGCACCCUCGGAGGAGCCCAUACCAAUUUUGAAGUAUAGUUUGCUACCCCGUUCAACUCCACUGCCACUAAGAGUUCGUCUAAUCAAACGACACAGUGGAACUCUGCUUUCAGUCAUGAUACAGUAUGUUUCAAACCCAGACUUAGCAGCCCCUCUGACUGAUGUUACAUUUAUGCUGAAGCUUCCAGUGGAUCCAACUUUGCUGAAGGUUUCACCAAAAGCUAUCUUGAAUCGAUCUGAGAGAGAAUUGAAAUGGCAUAUUGAAGAAAUUCCUCUGAAGGGUACCCCUGGUAGAUUGAGGGCACGGAUGCCUGUUGAUUCAAGUGAAGAAGAUGGUGGGGAGGAAAUUGAGGUGGUUGGUUAUGUGAAAUUUUCUGCCCAAGGAACUACAUCACUGUCUGGGGUUUCUCUACAGCCUGCUUCUGAGGGUAAGACAGAUUUUUAUGUGGUUAACCACAGGUAUGAGAGUGGGGUUUAUAUGUGCAACUGAACAAGGAUGAUUUGUCCUAUUAUGUUUCUUUCUUUUUUUCCUUUUCAAUGUAUGUGGUGUGGGAGUGCGUGCAUCAUUCUUUGUGCUGUAGCCCGUUCCUCACGUUUACAGUUCUCAUCAAUGGUCUUUUCAAUAUUUCAGUUA